AUGUCCGGCCUUCUUGAAGAUGUACCCACCCCAUGCCCCUCCAGGCUGGGGACCUUCCAAGUCAACCGCAGCAGCGAGGGAAGCGACUCGAUCUAUAGCAUGUGGGAAGACAGUCUCGAUUCCUGCGAAGACACUGCAAAUAUUGAAUUCACCACCGAAAUCCGUGCCCCUGUCCUAACUGGCGCCAAACCCCGACGACGAACCAAGACCAGCUCUUCCUCGUCGUCAUCGUCCUUUGCUAUCCACGACGAGGGCGAAGAGAAGCACGCUCCGCUAAUCACCAAGCGAAGAAAGGAGAAUGGAACAAUUGCUGCGCCUUCGAAUCGAAAGUCCUCACUCCUGGCCCAGCCGGCUCAGCGAUUCCGACCUAAAAUUAGUCUCGCUGCCAAUUCGCCUGCGAAGCCUACACGAUCACAAGUGGAAAUGGGUGGGAGGACUCAGCCUCGCAAGGUCGAUGUGGAUAAAAAUAAGGAGCUCUUGAUGAGGAUCAAUGGGGUCUCUCAGCAGCCACGUGCCAGUGAGGUGAAGGAUGUCCAUCGUGAUGCGGUGUAUGUCCCUCCGAAUGAACCCACAGCGGCCAGUUCUUUUAUGGGCAUGUUCAGUCCGCUCAAGUCCGAUUACCGCCCGCAACAGUCCUCUGAGAAUACGAACGAACCGCGGGUUGCAAGAAGAGAACAAGCGAAAUCGUCGCUCGCCGCCUCCACGCACAAAGCUCCGUUGCAGCCCAGCGCAAAAGUUCGCCAGGAGUCUCGCAUCCAUGUAGACGUGGUCGGGAAAAAUGGUGGAAAGGAGAACAUUCCUCCGGAUACACUUCUGGUUGACGGCAAGGAAAAGGAGUUUCCGCUGGCCGAGUCUGGCGACAUCUUCGACAUUUCGAAACCGUAUAAACAAGCAGCGAACAAUCAGAAGCGCGCUCCCACGAGACAGGCAGUCAAGCCAUUGGCUGCUAAGUCGGUCAACGGAUCUCUCCAGACAGCGAUGAACAAUGUCAAGAGAUCUUCGGUCAAGGCCGGCUUGAAAGAUAACGUGAAGCCAAAGAUGGACACGACGAGACGACCAAUCUCGGAGUCCACCGGAUCAACCCUGUCCAGCUCUUUGAAGCGAUCAAAAGGCCCCGUUGCUACUUCCAAGGCUACGGCUGCGCGAGUUACCAGCAAGAAACUAGAUCGCGAAUAUCCGCUGAUCAAGGAGGAAAUCAAAAAUCCAGCUCUAUUCGAGGACGACUGGCUUUCGCACCAGGAAAUUGUAAUCACGCAACUGGUCAACGAGCUUUUCGAAUCCAUGGAGAAGUCCACUAUCAGUGACCCUCUCGCUCAACGACAUAGCUUCCUAGCGCUUUAUCAACACCCCUCGUUUGCGCGCCUUUACAAACGAGUUCAGGCAUCCUUAUUGUACGGUGCUUUGAGAAUCCCAAAGGAUGUUCUUGCCCGAAACACCCGGCUCAAGCAAGACCUUGGAAUGAAAAGGAAAUUCCUUGAUUUUUGGGUGAAAACGUAUGACCUUGGAGUACUGAGAGUGGGCUUGGAAACAAUCACGGGCAGAAGAGUAUCCAGCUCGAAGGAGACGGAGAAAAGCACAGCUGGCUCCGAAGAUUCUAUCCUGAAGCGGAAGGUGGAAAGAUUCUUGGAUAGCUUUCUGCUCCAGAACCAGGACAUGGAGCGAGAGACGAAGGAAUCUGAUGCUAAACUACUCGGCAAAGCAUAUCACCGAACGGUUUUCCGCAGCAUCAUGCUGAUCAUUCUCUUGGACAAAGCGGCGACAGAGUCAGAGGAGAAACCACCUCGUCUUUUUCUCUUGUCAUCGCCUUAUAAGUCUUCCUCUGCUGUUAUCCGAGGCUUGGGUCGCUUUCUGCUGCCCUCCUCUGGGGAUGUCGUCAAAGCGUUGAAUCAUCUGGACUGCCAUCUGACCUACGAGCAGCGUCCCCUCCAGGAGUACGAAUACAGAAUAAGCAACCUUGCCGUUGAUCUGAGAGAUGGCGUUAGAUUGACGAGGAUUGUGGAAUUGCUUCUCGUUCCUUCGCCGCGCUCGGGCAAUGCUCAUUCCGAAGAGUGUGCAUGGCCCCUUUCUCAAAACUUGAAGUUCCCUUGCUUGAGCCGCGCGGUCAAGAAAUUCAAUGUUGAAGUUGCCUUGAAUGCUUUAUCUUUCUUGGAAGGCUCGAGAGGGCUACUGAGAAAUGUACGAGCAGAAGACAUUGUGAAUGGCCACCGUGAGAAAACUAUUUCGCUUCUUUGGGGCUUGGUUAGCAAAUGGGUUCACGAUGAGCUCGUCAAUUGGGAUGACUUGAGCAAAGAGAUUCAGCGGCUGAAGCUAAAAGCCAGCCAGCAGUUUGGAUAUGAACAGGUUGUGAAUCAAGAUUGGUUCCGAGGCGAAAACUUGGACAUUUUGGGCGAGAGUGAUGCUCCUGUUCUGCUGCUCAAGCAAUGGGCAUCCAUUCUCGCACACCUUAAGGGCCUACAGCUGGACAACAUCAGCACCAGCUUCGGAGAUGGUAAGAUCUACCAAAGUAUUGUAGAUGAGUACGCGGAGUACAUACUUCACGAAGACCCCGAGCCCUGGAAUAGUGGAAAUCCCUUGUCCUUGCAGUCCCGUCUUCGAGCAUUAGGAUGCAGUGCACAUUUCGCGAACCUUCUCCAUCCCAGCACGUCCAAAACUCACAUCCUAGACAAUGACUCCACACUCGGCGUUCUUUCCUUCCUCUGCUCUCGCCUCCUCUCGGCCAGCAAACGCGCCGGCGCCGCGACAGUGCUCCAGUAG